AUGUCCCAGCCCCAGGAAAACAUGGAUGGCAUCAUCUCUGCUUUCUACAUGUGCACCAGGAGCGAUGGGAAGUGCAGCCCCCUGAGCCUGGAGGAGCUGAGGUACCUCAUGGAGCAGGAGUUUGCUGAGGCCAUGCAGAACCCCCAGGACCCCAAAACUGUCAAGAAGGUGCUGUGCUUCCUGGACGACAACAGCAACUGCAGGGUUGACUUCAGAGAGUUGCUCAGUCUGGUUUUCCGCGUGGCCAAGGCUUGUUACCAGCCACUCCAGCAGCACCAGAGACCAGAAGAUCAGCAAGAGCUGAUAAAGCAAGAGAAGGCAGUUGGGGAGCAGCCACUGGGGCUGCAAGCAGAGGGGAGGGUCUUCCACAAUGAGCAAGUCCAUGAGCAGGAUGUGAGCAAUCAGGUCCAGGACCCAGUUGACCACCAAAUCCAGGAGGCUGAGACACCAAAGCAGGACCAGGACAACCAUCAAACCCAGGAAGCUGAGACAUCAAAGCAGGAUCGGGACACCCAUCAAACCCAAGAGGGCGAGACAUCAAAGCAGGAUCAGGACACACGUCAAAGCCAGGAGGGUGAGACAUCAAAGCAGGAUCAGGACACACGUCAAACCCAAGAGGGUGAGACACCAAAGCAGGACCCAGACAACCAUCAAACCCAGGAGGGUGAGACAAAGGAGGAGGACCAGGACACCCAUCAAACCCAGGAGGGUGAGACAAAGGAGGAGGACCAGGACACCCAUCAAACCCAGGAGGGUGAGACAAAGGAGGAGGACCAGGACACCCAUCAAACCCAGGAGGGUGAGAAACCAGAGCAAGAACAGGACACUCAUCAGGAUGAUGGGACUGAAGCACCAGGAGGGGAUCCAGAGAGAGGUGAGAUCCUGGACACUGCAACCCCAGAGCAGGACAGAAAUACCCAUAAGGCUGAAGUGACUGAGACACCAAAACAGGACCCAAAACUCCACCUGACCAAAGAAAUUGAUGCACCAAGACAGGGUUCAAAUGACUAUCAGAGCCCAGAGAUGGAGUCAGAAGAGCAGGACCUGAACUGUCUCUCUGAGACACAAGAGAGAUACCCAAACAAAGACACCCAGGUCUGUGAGGUCCCUUGGCAUGACCCCAACCCCAGCAAGGCUCAGAAGCUGCUGGCUCCACAGUUGGGUGCAAGCCCCCGUUGGGAUCCCAAGCUCCAGGGAUCACUCCAUGACCCAACUAUCCAUCAUCUCCCUGAACCCAAGGUGCUGGAGCAGGAGCACGGCUACUGCAACCAUGCCCUCAGCCCAGCUCUGAGCAAACACCUGGGUUACCAUGAUGUGGUGUACAGGACCUGA